UAGGGGCCCUCUUCUGCAAUGCCAUCAUCAUCAUCGUCGCUUUGCUUCUAAAAAAACCGGUAUUUCAAGAACAAACAAAAGCCAUAAAAAGACCUUCAAAUUUCACAGAUUCAAUCUGUAUUUUUACAAAGCGCACCUAAAAGAUUCAAACUUUCUUCGAUCCAAUCGCUUAUUAAGCUUCAAAUUAUCAAGAUCUCCUUAAUUUCAGCUCAUUCUGUAGUGCUCUCCGUAGUAAUCCUGGCAAAACAUAUAUCAAGUUUAUCAUGAAUCCAGAAGCUGCAACUGAAAAUGGAGACUCAGCAAGUUUAAAUGAAAUUCUUAACUGCGACGUGUCUGAUAGAGUUGAAAUUUUCAGAGGGGCUGCAGAAGACAAUCUUGCUGGGAGUAAAUUGCCUGAUGGGAUCCAAUCAAAGCAUGGUUUUGCUGAUAUUCCAGCUGCUAAGAUCUCAGAGCUGAUGAAACUAAACAGCUUAGAGAGUGCCUCCACUCAUUCGCUUUUCAGUGUUGUGAAUAAUAUUUUGGAUGACAGCAUUGAGAGAAAGAAUGGCGAUAUACCUCAGUGUGUGGCCUCCCUGGUGAAGUUAGUUGUACAAGAGAUUGAAGAACGAGUUUCAAAACAAGCUGAUAAUUUGCGAAAGCAAAAUGGUUUGUACAAGUCUCGUGAGGAGAGAUAUCAAUCAAGAAUUAAAGCACUUGAAACCCUUGCUGUGGGGACCACUGAGGAACAUGAGGUUGUUAUGAAGAAGCUUCAACAGAUAAAGAUUGAGAAGGCCAAAAUUGAAGAGAAGGAAAAACUUCAAGAGCAAGAUUUAAUCAGGUUAAUGAAAGAUAAGGAUCAUUGUGAGAUGCAAAUAUCCUCAUUGAUAGCUGAGCUUGAAUCAUCCAAACAUGCACAUGAGAAGGAUCAUUUACAAUUGAAAGCGCACGCGGAGCAAAGUCGGGCCGAGUCAGAGACCAAGAUACUGGAACUUCAGGGUCUGCUGAAUGAAUCGACAAAGAAAGUGCAAGAACUUGAGGCAUUUUCAGAAUCCAAGUUGGUGAGCCUGAAAAGAAGAGAACUUGGCUACAAACACUUCAUAGACUCUCAUUUUGGAUCUCUACAGGAAUUGAGGAUAGCAUCUGAGUCUAUAAGGCAGGAGGUGAUGAGGACCAAGGAGGUUUACGUCGAAGAACUUAACCACUUUGGGUUCAAUCUUAAGGGACUGGUUGAUGCUGCUCAGAAUUACCACACAGUGCUUGAUGAAAAUAGGAAGUUGUAUAAUGAAGUUCAAGAUUUGAAAGGUAACAUUAGAGUUUAUAGUCGAAUAAGGCCAUUCCUUCCGGGCCAAAGCCAAAAAUUGACAACCAUUGAGUACAUUGGUGAGAAUGGGGAACUGGUUGUUACUAAUCCCUCCAAACAAGGGAAAGAUAGUCACCGUCUUUUCAAAUUCAACAAGGUCUUUGCACCUGCAGCCACUCAAGAGGAGGUAUUUCGGGACACUCAACCAUUAAUCAGGUCUGUUUUGGAUGGGUUCAAUGUCUGCAUUUUUGCUUAUGGUCAGACUGGUUCCGGAAAAACAUAUACCAUGAGUGGUCCAAGCAUGUCAUCGGUGGAGGAUUGGGGGGUCAACUAUCGAGCUCUGAAUGAUCUAUUCAACAUCUCCCAAAGUAGGAAAAGCUCCAUUGCAUAUGAAAUUGGCGUUCAAAUGGUUGAGAUAUACAAUGAGCAAGUGCGUGACUUGCUUUGCAGUGAUACUUCACAAAAACGACUUGGGAUUUGGAGUACUACUCAGCCCAAUGGAUUAGCUGUCCCAGAUGCUAGCAUGCAUCCUGUCAAAUCAACCGCAGAUGUCUUAGAAUUGAUGAAUAUUGGCUUGAUGAAUAGAGCUGUUGGUGCUACUGCUUUAAAUGAAAGAAGCAGCCGGUCUCAUAGCAUCCUUACCGUUCAUGUACGUGGUAUGGACUUGGAAACAAAUGCUAUUCUACGAGGUUGCUUGCAUUUGGUAGAUCUGGCUGGCAGUGAAAGAGUAGAUCGGUCCGAAGCCACAGGGGAUCGUUUACGGGAAGCACAACAUAUAAACAAAUCCUUAUCGGCUCUUGGAGAUGUGAUCUUUGCAUUGGCACAAAAAAGUUCUCAUGUGCCAUACAGAAAUAGUAAACUAACUCAAGUUCUUCAAAGCUCCCUUGGAGGCCAGGCAAAGACACUUAUGUUUGUACAGCUCAAUCCUGAUGUGGAGUCCUACUCAGAAUCCAUAAGCACCCUGAAGUUUGCUGAGAGAGUAUCUGGAGUGGAGUUGGGUGCAGCACGGAAUAAUAAAGAGGGUCGAGGUAUUAAAGAGCUUAUGGAUCAGGUAGCUAACUUAAAAAACACAAUUGCAAAGAAGGACGAGGAAAUUGGGCGGCUGCGCGCUCUCAAAACCAAUGGCAAUGGUGAGAGGCGUAGUGUGAGCUCAACCAGGCAUGGCUCUGCCUCUCCAAGAAGGCAUUCUUUAGGUGGUCCACGAGCAAGCCAAAUAUUUUCUGGAGAGAGAAGCUCAAGACCUACUCAGAAAGCUGCUUCUGACGUGGACAGUAGUUCGGAAUACAGCGACAGACAAUCUGACACUGGCUCUCAGCAAUCAAUGGAUGACUUUAGGCAUCACAGAGAUUUCUUUAGACAAUCCAGGCUUGCUGUAGUAGAUGCUGGUCUAAAUUUGGGUGAAGAGACUGAUUCAAGGGCCACUGUUAGAGGAGAAUGUCAGAAUCCUAAUGAAGAUGUGGUGCUCAUCGGAUUUGAUGAUGCAGAUUCUGAAGAGAGAUUAAGUGACAUAUCUGAUGGUGUGCUUUCAAUGGGAACUGAGACUGAUGGUUCAAUCAAUAGCAUCGUAGAAUACACUCUUUUCCCAGAAACGGCAAAGCCACCUUCAGAGACCCCAGAGAAGCCUCCUGUACCUGCUAAACUUCCACGGCCCACACAAAAGAAGGUGCAAACAGGAUCUUCUCGGUUGUCAUCAUUGCAUAAGAGCACCCCUAAAGUCCCGAGUUCUAAAAAAUCCACUGCCAGCAACACUUCUACAGUUAAGUCUUCCAAAAGAUGGCAAUAGUACAGCAGAAAAUUUGCGGAAGAGGAUGCUUGCAACCCUUCUUUGUAUGUAGAGUAGACACCAUCUUCAAUUACCUUUAGCCUGUUGUGUUAGUCUUCCAUUGUUGUGGAAGAUAUUUAGGAACUUCAGCUUGUAGCAAGCUGCACUAAUCAGGUGAAUUUCUGUAGGAAUAUUUGCUCCUCCACUCUCUCCCGCCUCCCCUGCUUGAAGUGGAGGAAAGGAGGGGGGCGUGGGGUUUGCCAUUGUGUAGUGUGUACAUGUAGCUCUAUUGAAGAAUUCAGUGAUAUACUUGGGCUAUUAAAUGGUGUUAACUGGUAACUUCUGUUUGAUUAUGGUGCUUAUUGUGAAAGCAGAAAGAUCAUGCUUGGUUUUGAU